CACGGAAGUCGUUCUCGUAUGCAUAUAUGCAUUGCCAUUAGGGCAGUUGUUGCACCUUUUCGUUUGGGAAUGUAUUUCAAUUAUAAGAAAACAUGAGUGUUAAAAGUCAUUGUGAUUUCUGAGGAUGACCAACAGACAGUUGACAGUUUCCGACAUUUUAUAUGAUGGCAGCUUCCGUCUAUCACCAAAAAAGAGAGAUAAGUACCGCAAGUACUUCAAAUCAACUAAGAAGAAAUAUGAACACUUUUUGACAGGUGCAGAAGUUGCUGUCAUAGUCAAAGACAAAGGGCUGUCAAUGAAAGACUUAUUUCAGGUGUGGAAAUUUGCUGAUGGAGACGAGGAUGGCCGUCUGUCCAUUGAUGAGUUCUGUUUGGCGAUGGCAAUGAUUGAUAUCUUAAAGGAACGACGGGAAAUGCCAGGGUUCAAUGUUUUAAAGAAGAGUGGUUUGAGAGUUACAAUCAAGAAAGGGAACAUUGAAAAGGAUGAGAGUGACAUGAUUGUCUGUUCGUUUGGUGAAAGGGUAAAUUUUGCUAGAGGCCAUUUGGCGGCGUCCAUUUAUCUUGCUGGAGGUAUAGAACUUCAAAAGUCAUUUGACAGGAAGUAUCCAGAUGGGAUCAAGGUUUGGCAGGUUGUCGCCCUACCAGCGGAAGGUGAACUGAAAUGUACUCAUGUGAUAGUUGGCAGAAUUCCUGUGUAUGAAAACUCGGAAGAUUUGGACGCAGUGCAUGAGUUCAUCCGUGGUUGUCUGCAGCUAGCUAAUGACUACGGGGCCAAAUCUGUUGCGUUCCCGUUAUUUGGUACCGGAGGACUUGAAUACAGUAAAGGUUAUGCUGCUGAGGCUCUAUAUGAAGUCCUGGAAAACUUUCCGAACAGAACAUCUCUUACAGAUGUAUGUCUUGUUGCUCAUCCACUUGACAGGGCAUCACUUUUUGCACUCAGAGCAGCGGAGCAGAGACAUUUGUAUAGUUACGGUGUAGAGGAUAAUGCGAGGAAUAAAGCAGCUGAAACAAUACAGUGGAAUGGUCAGUACGCGAGUACAAUUUCAUGUCUUAGCCAUAUGUCUGAGGAAAGAAGAAAAGAAUAUGAAAAGAAUUUUGCUAAAUAUGCAAUUAAAAACCAUGCUGAUUCCAGGUAUUCAAUCACAGGAAAACGCCUGUCAAGUAUUCUACUACAGACCGGUGUAGAUGUCUAUACUGUCCAACAAAUCAUGACCAUUAUCAACAAAUCUGAUGAGAGCCAGGUGCUUGUUGAGGAUUUUCUUGCGGCUUCUGCACUAAUAGAUCGAGCGACGGAGGGAUAUCGACUUCCUGAUAUAUCUCGACUUUAUCUGAUCCGAGAUGAACUGUUCAAAAACAUCCAAUACAAACAGCACAUUUUUGACCCAAGGUAUUGCUUGAGCUGGUUUUACCAUCGUGAUAUGAAAUUUGAAACAGCUAAUGGAAUCUUGAAAAUGCCUGGACGUCGAGAUGGAAGUUUCUUGGUUUGGAGAAGGAAGAAUGAUGAUUUUUACUCUUUAGGCACAAUUUUUGGACAUGGAUCAUUUCACUUGAGGAUAGACAUCACAGCGGGUAUGUACAGUGUGGAGAGGAAUGUGAAGUUUCCACAACUUGGCCGUCUGAUACAGCAUUACAUGGCUCAUCCUCUACCAAUACCUGGAGACCGGAGGCUGAAAUAUCCUAUUCCUGUCCAUACUCCCUCAACAAAAAGGUGGUUCUACCCGAAUAUUUCGCCAGUAUCAGCAAUAUUAUUGCUUCGUAUAUUCUCUUCUGAACAAAACUUCAUCGUCCGCUAUUCAGUGGAAACCCCAGGAUGCUUUGCUCUUGUUUUAAGUGCUUAUGUAUAA